AUGGCCUGGGCCCCUCUCCUCCUCGUGCUCCUCUCUCACUGCACAGGUUCCCUCUCCCAGCCCGUGCUCACUCAGCCACCCUCCAUGUCUGCAUCCCCGGGAGCAUCUGUGAGACUCACCUGCACCCUGAGUAGUGGCUUCAGUGUGGGCAGCUAUUACAUCUACUGGUAUCAACAGAAGCCCGGGAGCCCUCCCCGGUUUCUCCUGUACUACUCCUCAAGUACAAGUUUGGGAUCUGGGGUCCCCAGUCGCUUCUCUGGAGGCAAAGAUGCCUCUGCCAAUGCAGGGCUCCUGCUCAUCUCUGGGCUGCAGCCUGAGGACGAGGCCGAUUACUACUGUAUGAUUGGGCACAGCAGUGCUUCCCACAGAGACACAGGCAGAUGGGGAAGUGGGACCAAAAAACCCAGUUCCUCAGGGUCUCUGAGGCUGACGCUUCUCUAUUAUUUAUAUGACUGUGAUCUCCUCUGA